GCCAGGCCGCGCGGGCGGGGCCGGGGCGAUGGGGAAUCUGUUCGGUCGCAAGCGGCAGACCCGCGUUACCGAGCAAGAUAAGGCCGUGCUGCAACUAAAACAGCAACGAGACAAAUUAAAGCAAUAUCAGAAAAAGAUUUUUCUACAGCUGGAUCGGGAGAGGAUUGUGGCUCGUCAACUACUCAGAGAUGGCAAGAAAGAGAAAGCCAAGCUUUUGCUGAAGAAGAAGCGUUACCAAGAGCAAUUGUUAGACAAAACUGAAAACCAAAUUAGCAAUUUAGAACGCAUGGUGCACGAUAUUGAAUUCACACAGAUUGAGUUGAAAGUGAUUGAGGGCCUCAAAAUUGGCAAUGAAUGUUUAAAUAGAAUGCACCAAGUUAUGUCAAUAGAAGAGGUGGAAAGAAUCAUGGAUGAAACCCAGGAGGCUGUAGAGUACCAGAGGCAAAUAGAUGAGAUUUUGUCUGGAAGCCUCACUUUGGAGGAUGAAGAUGCUAUUUUAGCUGAAUUAGAUGCCAUCACUCAGGAACAGAUUGAUCUUCCAGAGGUUCCCUCAGAGCCUCUCCCAGAAAGGAUUUCAGAAAAAUCGCCCAUCAGAGUCAAACCAAAGCCAGAAUUGAUUGCUGCAUCUUAACUCCACUACCUGCGGGGUAUCCCUGCAUCGAAUCUCGGAAUCCCAGCAUGCCUGGGGUAUAGGAGGCCUCCCUGCUGGCAUUACCCAGCCAUACUGGAGCAGGGUUUUCUGCACAGAAUGGAAGCUGUAACUGGUUAAUGUUCCCAUAUCAAGGUUAUUUUGUAGCGUGCGCACUCCUCUUUUUUUGUAACUUAAAUGGGAUUAAAAGGUGACUCUUAAACCUUCCAAGCCAAAUGCUUUCUGCGACCAGAUUUCAGCUACAGACCUGCCUCAGAUGCCAGCAGAGCCUCGCUGUCUCUCUCUCUCGCUCUCUCUCAGUUCCUGGCACACGUUGGAGCAUGUUGCCACCGCUCGGCUAUCCAGAGGAAAGAACUUCUGUGGAACUUCUUGGCCUUCCUCUUGACUCAUUUCACACUGGCUUUUCUGAAAGGCUGUUUUCCUUUUGCAAGGAUGGAGUCUCCGAACUUUGUUAAAUCUGUGGGUUUUGUGCCAAGAUGGGAGCAUCUCUUCCAUUAGUAGUUCCAGCUUCUUCUGUUAGCUGCUAGUGGAGAUUCGAGAAGUUGAUUCCAUGUUCAGUAUGCUCUUGAGGUUAAAUGCGCUCAUAAGCCUGGGCACUGGGGAAUAAUGCAAGGCUGAUGGGCUCAUUCAUUAGAGGAAAGAAGUCGUUGUUUCCUGCUGGGGGAGAAGUCUAAAAUGGCUUGCUAAGGGUUUGUGCUUCAUAGGCUUCCCAGGCCGUCUGCUUUUUCCUUUUCCUCCAGAGUCCCACAGCAUGAAGAGGCUGAACACGAGUUCGGCUUCUGAGAGCUUCUCAAAAACCAAAUGAGUUCAGUCCUAGCAGAGUGCUUUGCGAUGGCUCCUGCCCUCCUCAGCUUCAUAGAUCUGGGCAGGUGGGCAGACUUAGAAAAUGUCCCUUUUGUUUUAGCUGGUAUUAAUGCAGCUCCUGAAGAAUGUAAUGACAGAGCCACUUGCCACUUCAUUCUAGGUGGGUUUAAGAGCAGAGUAAGACAAUGCCACCCGCAUGGUUCUCCUCUCACAGAAAACCUGAAUGUCCCUUCAAUUUCCUGAAUAUAGGAAAUUGUUAGCACUAUAGUUAACCCUUGUAGGCUGGGCUAUGAACUGAAUAGACUUCCCUUGAGUGGACAGUUCCUAUAUCAAUAACCCCCCAUCAUGUUCUAUUGAUUUUGAAAGUAUUCAAUUUACCUUGGUCUGGUAGUUAAACCAUGAAGGGGACUAGAAAGUUGUUUUGCUUGUUGCCAGGUUGGACAAGAUAUGGCUGUAUUUGCAUUGCUCACCAGAGGGCAGUCUUACCCUAAAGCUCUUCACAACUGCGACUGUGAAGGAACAUUGAGUUGUGUGUCUUAACCUCUGAAUUGCUCCAGGAAGGUUACAUUGAUUUUUAUUUCUUCAAGCAAAUGGCAAGGGAGUACCUGAAGAAAUGCAAGAUCCUGCUCCAGUGGUGUCCUGGGUAUCGUACAGAUGGGGUUUCUUAAAGGGCUUUAUUAGACACCCACCCACCCCCAGUUUACAAUACAGCUCAGUGCCUGGGGAAAUAGAUGGGAGAAUGCUUCUGCUUUUUGCUUGCCAGUAAGAACAGAAACGAGAAGAACUAAUGAAAACCAAAUCUGCAAAGCCCACGAAGAGAAAACACUACUGUGUGCCAAGUGGCCUUAGAGAACAGGCUUGGACUUAGCUAAAUCGCUUUGUGAUUUCCUGAUCGAUAACUCUUCUUGAUGACUCAGGUGGAAUUAAAAGUGUUGUUCAGCCUCCAG